AUGCGGAGCUUCAACAGCGGAGGCGUGUGCACCUACGGCCUCAACAGCCAGGCCGGCUACCUCUUCGAGCGCAACCAGAAUGUGCUGCGUCAGCGCAGCUUCGGCCGCGCCCGGGGCUUCAUGGGCGCCCCACUCAAGAGGUCCCGCGACCACGACAGCGACAGCAGCGACGAGGAGGCGCUGCGGUAUCCCCCAGGACACGCACGGCGCGCGGUGCUGGACGGCAUCAAGCGCAUGCGCGUGUCGAGCCCCGUGCAGUCGCCCAAGAGCGACGUGGACUCGGACAUGACGGACGAGGAGGCGGCCACGCCCCGCACCACGUGGAGGAAGAGCAAGGCCAUCGUCCCGGCAGCGCCAGAGGCCGGCAAGAAACGGCCGCUGGUGUUUGCACCGGCGGAGGCGGUGGAUCUGCGUUGGAAGAUGGCGCGGCAAGAGGAGUUCCUGGGCAGAGAGCAGCACAUUGAGAUCCCCAACGACGCGUCCUGCAGAGCCAUGGUGGUGUUCGACCCGUACCAGUCGAUGAACUUGUCGACCGAGCCGCGGGUGGAGCUGGUGGAGGACGACAGGCAGCCGGAGACGGAUGAGUGGUCUGAGAGUGAGGAGGAGCACUGCGUCCGGUUUGAGGAACUCCCGUCUGAUAACGACGAGCCGGUGGACAUGGAUGUGGACUGA